CGAGGACAUCAAUUUUGUCUAAAAUCAAUGACAUAUUACACAGAUCAUGUAAGCAAUGGUUUCAAGUCUUCUUAAUGUGGUAACAGUUUCAUUUGUCAUUUUGACAAUUCAAAUAAAAGGUGACCCAACUUGCGAGAAAUUUUGGUCAAGGCCGGGUAUUAUAACAAAAAAAAACAAAGCUGAUUUUACAGGAAAUAUAACCGGAAUUGAAAAUAAAUUACCAGUAAAAACUGUUGUAAAGCUAGGUUGUGUGAGUGGGUCAUACAGGAUUAAUGGUUCCAGUAUAUCUAGAUGUUUAACAAACGGAACAUGGGAUAAUACACCAACAUGUGUUCUAAGUGAAUUCCCUAGCAAAAAAGAACCGUUACCAUGGUUAAUUAUUGGUGGAUCGGCUGGAGGAGGCGUGAUUUUCAUUGUCAUAGUUACUAUCCUGGUUGUUUGUUUAUGUAAAAGGAAAAAGAGCACAUCCGGGGAAGACAGACUCAAGAAUUCACAUGUGAGAGAAGAUGACAGCGUACCAUUCAAAGACAUAAGAAACUCUGACUUAACCAAUAACCAUAUAGGUAAAAGACGGUCAGACGGAUCAAUGUAUUAUAAUGAAAUGAAUUAUGGGAAGCAUGGUUUUGGUAAUCACGUCAUUGAUUCUCGCUAUGCUUCUGCCGGAAGUAUAGAUAUAUACAGACACCAUGACGGGAUAAGCUUAGUAGGCAGCAAUGGAUCUAUUAUAGGAGCAUCUAAUAUUCCAAUUUUUAAAGUCUGGACAUGCAGACGCACAAGGCGGAAGUUUAUCAAAGCUGAAAAUCUGGCAGUUCUUCAGAGGAAAGCUGCCACUAUAUACCAGUACGACAAUCCCGUACGUCUUACAUUGGAGGAGGACGGAACUGACGUAGAUAAUGAUGAGAUCCUAGCGUCUUGUAUGGAAAAGACAUUGGUUGUUUUGGCUAGGAAUGAACAUUGGGUAGAUCGGACAGGUGUUUCUAAUCUUCCAAUACAAAAGUACACAUUUGAUGUUUGCUCCCACAACCGAACAUUACGGAAAUUGGUGCUAGCAGAAAACCUAAAAGACUUAAUUCACCAAGCACCAGCUUAUUUUGGUUACAUCGUUCAUGAAAUUUGCCUUGAAAACGACGGAACAACGAUUGGGGACGAUGAUAUCCUGAUUUCUAUGUCGAGUCAGACAGUUAUGGCCCUUGGUAAAGACGAAAGUUGGACGCCAGCUACAGACAAAAUCGCUGAUAUAGAAAAUAAAGAAUCUACAACAUCUUCAGAUACACCGACACUGAGUAACCUUUCCUUCAAAGUAUGGUCAGAAGAUCUAAGCAAAAAGAAGAUGAUUAAAGCUGAAAACUGUAUUGAUUUACACAUUAAAGCUUCAAGAGAAUUAGGACUUGAAAUGCCAAUCCAGAUCCGUGUCAAGGAUGAAGACAUUGUUAUAAGUACUGACAUAGUGUUACAGACAAACGUAGGAAAGGUCUUGAUCGCGUCACAAAGGAACGCUCCUAAAUGGAUGGAAACAAAUAAAUCACCUUAUACACUUUCAGACAGCCAGAACGAUUAUAAUUCUGCUGAUUUGAAUGGAUAUUCGAGUGUUGAACAACUACAAAGAACUGAUGUUCCUAGUGUGUCUAGGUCUCAUGAUUAUGGACCAAAGAGGCAACCAUACAUUUCAAAUCAGCGUGCGGUUAAAACAACAGACCUGGAAAGGAAAGCAUUCUUUGACGCCAACUUUGACAGUGUACAAGUUACACAAAAUGUUCCUGAUAUUGUUAAGUCUACUAAGCUACCCUUUUCUAUGCCAUCUAGAUAUGUAUCCGAAAACUCUGUUUAUCCGAAUAGAAAUAAUUCCGAGCGACACAAUCAUCCAUUGGAGGAAAAUCGUCCUUUGGGUCAAACCCAACCACGAAAAAAUCAACAGGAUAACAUUUCUAAACCUAGUAUGGAUUCAUAUGAUGACCGAACAAGCAGAGAAAAUGUAAGGAAAUAUAAAGAUUUUGACAAUACUAGUGAUUUACCUUAUUCAGAUUUAACCCCAUCCUAUCAAAUGAAUUUUGGAAAGCCAGAUAAUUCAAAGCAAACGAUACCUGAUGAGAACAUGGGUAACGAACUGCCAUAUUCUGACCUUGAGCCUUCACAUAAGAAGAACGGUCGAAAGGGUAAUAAUUUUGAUGUGUUGAGAAAACAAAAUAAAAAGAAAGGAAGUCACUAUGACGACGAUUCAGAGUCAGAAUACCGCCCUAAGCAAUCUUCGUUGUCGCGUCAGCCAUCUUUUCUUGUUACAGGCGGUGCUAAACAGACUAAUGCUAGUGACGUCUUGUUCUAAUUUGUAAAAAUGAUUUAUUCGUUGCAACGCUUACAAUAAUUAGUGCAAUCAUUUUAUAUUACUUUGGACGGCCUGUUUAAGUUACAGCCAUAUUUUACAAUCGUUAUAAUAAUUCCCACUCCUGGUUUCAACGACGGGAAAGACAUGUAAGUUUCCCGUCGUCUAAAUUUGGAGAAGCUGACAAUGCUGCUUUGUUGGUGCAUUAUGUUACAAACAUUGUCAUAUUUUAUAGAUUUUUAUGUCGAACAUAUAUUGAUUGUUUACAUUAUAUUCUUGAAAUAUUAAGCCGUUCAAAGUAUAGCAUUACAAGCCAAACAUUGCACUUUGAUUUAAUAGUACAUUCUAUAAGAUUAUAAUAAACACGAUAAAACAUAACUGUACAAUAAUGAGUAAAGUCAUGAAUUACAUGAGUAGACAGUGGUUAAAGAAAUAUUAAUUUAGAAACAUUAAACAUGCUGUGCAUUGAUUAAAACGUAAUUACUC